AUGCCGCCGCUCAGGUUCUACGAGGACCUCGCCAAGGCGCAGAGCAGCGAAAUAAUCAGAGUCUCUGACAUAGCCCACGGUGAUGACUCUGGUGCCCUCAAAUUUACCUACCAUCACGAAACUCUCUCGGGGCCUGUAACCAUCCACAUGAUGGCCCAUGAUUGCAUGUCUUAUCCAAGGAAUUCGGGCUUCAUCGUCUUUUCAGAGUUCGACAAUGCGGACAAUGAUUUCACCCGCUGCCUUGAUGCUGUUUGCGAGAAGCAAAAGUGGAUCAACAUUGGAGAGGCCGUCCGCACUAUUUCAGUAGCAAUCACGGCCGCUAUUGAGAAGCGUAAUGUCGACGUCGAAGAUGACCCCGAGGACUCUCCGUGGGAUGACGGAAGCGAUUUUGAGGAGCUGGAUCCUAUGGAGAUCUCCAGCAACGAUGGCGACCGUCGACCCAGACCCGAUCAAUAUAUCGGCGUUGUCCUGACCGACGACGCCAAGACCUUGACCGACCUAAGAUCCUCUCUGCGAAAGGCCCAAAAUUCAGGAAUAACUGUCGGUAUAUAUCCCAGAUUCGGAAGUAAAUUACCCGAAAUCAUUUCCCUUUCCGCACCCGCCUCGUCUCUUGGCGUUGCCAACGGCAUUUUGGAAUCGUGGGGCCUCAAAGAAUCCGACAACUUGGUUCUGCUUGUCAAAAUCGGCGGCUUAUACCCGAGCCUGGACGAAUUUACCAAUCUUUCCAGCCGACAAACAGUCUUGCAGUUUCGAUUUGGUAAAUGCGUGGGCGAAAAGCCCUCGCUGGUGUCAGUCCAAUCUGCCUAUCGCAACACAAGGCACUUUUUCCCAGAUGACGACGAGAUUGAAUCCGCCGGCGCUGACGAGGCCCAAUUUCCAUUCGAGCUUAUCAACAUGUCCAACUCAAUAGACAAACUAUUGAAUGCUGAUUUUAUGAGGCUGCUCGGAACCAGAAGAAACCACAAACUCUCUUGGCCAAAUGCCCAGCAGAUUGUCUCGCGACUGGAGCUGCAAUCAGCAGGCGGCAAUGUUUUUGCCGAAGACAUCAAUGUUGAGGUUUUGAGCAUGCAAGUCGACCAUAUUCCCUGGCAGAGUCUUGUAGGCCCAAUUUCCCAGGAUGGCGCACUAGAUGACGCAAAAUCAUUUAGCCUGCCCCUGGUCGCGAUGCAGCUCGCCCUACAUCGACUCGCAAACUGCACGCGCUACUGCAUGGUAUGCAACGCAUGCCUGAAUCAGGGCUACUCAGCUUUGAAACCCUAUGUGUGCUCCAACUCUCUUUGCUUGUUCCAGUACCUGUCACUUGGCCUUGGAUCAAGUAUUGAGCACGAAAUCAUCAACGCCCCCUACGUCGUGGACAUGCUGAUAUGCUUCCUGUACGCCGCACUUGCCAACUUUACCGCUCGUGAGAUGCCGGAUGGGCUUAGCAUCAAAACAGCCUAUGUGGACGAUGAUUGGGCUCAUGGAUCCUACGUCGCCGCAAUCGCGGACAUGGAAAUGAUGAAAUUACGGGACCUCGACUAUUCGAUAUUGAAGGCGAAGAACCCAGGAAAAUCUUACGGUGACGCUUUGCGCGAAGGAGACCGUAUCCUGAUUAUCCACCGAGAGCCUGACUGCGAUUCGCACAUGGACUUGGUCGUAAAGUCGUGGUGUCGGCUCGUAGCAUUUGUGGAUGGAGAGUGGACGUUUGAGCGCCACCAUUUUUCCGAAUCAAAAAGAAACCCAAAGCCACUGCAGCCCGACUCAAAGCCUCAUGAACUGUCCAGCGAACCAAUCAAGGGAAUGGGACAGGGAAAUUGGCGCCAAGUGCACUUGUUUGGCUACUGGCAGAAUAUCGAUGAAUUUGCCCUUGACCGGCGAAGACUCGCGUUGCUUACUAUUCUCGACGGGCUGCCCCCAGUACUCGACAUGCGGAAAUAUCUGUUGGCCCAGCCUGGAAGGCGGCUGUCGACUUGGAAUCGCAUCAAUUCUCCCGAGUUGGCAGUAUUGAACUGGACUGUGGCUUCGAAUCGAUCAUUGAUUGUCCAAGACGAUAUUGUGGCUGACAAAGACAUGCAAGACGCAUCCUCCAGCAAGGCCUGGAAUAAAAUCUGCACAUCGGAGCACCCCCAGCAAAUCAAACAACCAUGGAUGCAGUUUCGAUUCCUUCAAGGCUCGCCGGAGAUGGAGCAGAAAUUCGAGUACAAAGCGAGUCAGAUGCUGGAAACGACAAAAACGCCUACAAUUUUUGCCUGGCAUGGAAGCCGGCUGAAAAAUUGGCACAGCAUCAUCCGAACAGGGCUAGACUUUUCCAGCGUUGAAAAUGGUCGAGCGUGCGGCAAUGGAGUCUACUUUAGCCAUGACAUGAUUACCAGCCUCGGCUACAGCGGAGGCGGCCUGCUAGGAGACCAGACGAAUGUGAUUGGCCACUGGGCUAAGUCGGAACUUCAAAUAAGUUCCGCGAUUGCCGUUUGUGAGCUCAUAAACUCACCCGACGAGUUCGUCUGCAACAAUCCGCAUUAUGUCGUUGAUGCAUUACACUGGAUCCAGUGCCGUUAUCUGCUGGUGUCAAUCAAUCCGACCACGAAAGCAAAGGAACUUCCUUUUUACGAGCCUCAGAGCAACGAAACCCCCGCGUAUGUGUUGCAAGAUGGCAAUAACCCUAUCAAAGUCGGUAAAAAACUUGUCGAAAUACCCAUCGUGGCCAUUCCGUUCGAUCGACGUGCUCGACAGAGCAAAGAGCCCUCACAAGCAUCAGCAGUCGCGACAAAAGCUCGGUCACCAGAAAUUACCACGCCACUGAAAUGCAACUACGAUACGGAUGACAUUGAUUUGUACCUCGGCUUUAUUGACGUGGACGACGGGGUAGUUUCACCCACAAUGAAACGACGCGGGUCGUCGACCCCCUCAGAUCUUUCGUCGCUCUCUCAGUUUUCAAAUAAGCGAGCGAAAGCCGCGGACGGCCGAGUGAUCCGAGCCCAGACACGCAAUCCAUCCGGUUUUGAUCCGCAGGGACUCAAAAUGGAAUCGCUCCGCCUGCUUGCGGCGCCGACGUGGGCCGCGACGUCGAAGCAGGCUGUCCGCCGCCUAACGAUGGACCUCAAGGAUCUGCACCGCCGACAGACCACCUUGGGAGACUUGUCAUCGGGAUACUACGUGCACACAGACAAGAGCGACAAUAUGUUUCAGUGGAUUGUCGAGCUCUUUGACUUUGACGCCGCGCUGCCGCUCGCCGGCGACAUGACGGCGUUAGGCUGCGCCAGCAUCGUCCUCGAGUUUCGCUUUGGCCCCAGCUAUCCAAUGUCGCCACCCUUUGUGCGCGUCGUCCGCCCGCAGUUUGUGCCUUUUAUGCAGGGCGGCGGCGGGCACGUCACCGCUGGCGGCGCCGUUUGCCUCGAGCUCCUGACCAACUCGGGCUGGAACCCGGCCAUCAACAUUGACAAUGUGAUUAUGCAGAUUCGCGCGGCGAUUGGCGAGCCGGACCGGCCCGCGAGACUGCAAAAGGGCGUCUACAAAGUGGACUAUGGGAUCGGAGAGGCGGUCGCGGCAUUUACGAGACUGGCGAAUGCACAUGGCUGGCAGGUGCCCGAGGACUUUCAGCAUAUUGCGAUGCUGUGA